AUGGGGAAACACAACAGAGAUUCAGACUCAGAUUUGGACUCAGAUUCGAAUUCAAAAUUGCAAGAUUCAAAUUAUUCUGCAUCAAUAACAUGCACUCUCCCACCAACGUGUAUUAAGAGUCCCGUGCACUUUUCCAGCCAACAUGGUUUCGAGCUGCACUACACUUCUACCCACACCAACAUUUGCAUACAAUGCCACAAAAACUUCCCGAAUGAAAGAUUUUUGAGUUUACAUUUGAACGAGAACCACAGUCCAUUUUUCAAAAUACGACAGGAAAAGGGAGAGAAAGUAUACGAGUGUUUCUUCGAGGAGUGCGAUAAGGUUUGCUCAUCACCACAGAAGAGAAGACUACACCUGAUCGAUAAGCAUGGAUACCCAAAAGAUUUUUUGUUCAGCGUUAUAAAUGCGGGAAUACAAAGAGACCAGACAAGUCUUUUGAAACAACAUUGA